UUCAGGAAACGAUCCGAACUUCCGGUUCUCUAGGCGCCUCGGGCAUCCGGAGUCGGGGAACAAACCGAAUGCGGCCUCCGUGCACCUAAUCGCUGUACCAUAGAGGCAGAAAUGGACGCGCGUUCAGAUCCAGAUGGGGAAAGCCCCCGCUGUUUGUUGCUAAACGUUCCGGGGGUGAUGUAGAUGUUUCCCCGCUUCCAUUUCCGGCGGAUGGAGAGGCUCCUCCCGAGUGCCUUCCCCGUCAAAAUGGUAGCUUUCAACCCGGAAGUCUCAAUCCUUUGCGGCACUCUAAUAAAAAUGGCUUUUCCUGCCUCACUUCCGGCUAGCCUGCGAGGGUGGCGUUAUGGUCUUUAAGUCGGAAGCGGUGCCCUUUUCCAGUGGAGGCGUCCCGUCCCAAGCUCCUAAGGGAACAAUGGCGGCGUGGAGACCUUACUGGCCCUGGGCAUCGCUGCUGCUUCUCCUCCUGGGACCGGGCGUCGCGCGGGGCGGCUGGGUGACGUGCGGCUCGGUGGUGAAGCUACUGAAUGCGCGCCACGGAGUCCGGCUUCAUUCACAUGACGUCCGCUACGGAUCCGGCAGCGGGCAGCAGUCAGUGACUGGGAUUGUGGCCAUGGAUGACAGCAACAGCUAUUGGCGUGUUCGAGGCAAGAUGUCCACUGUGUGUGAAAGAGGCACCCCUGUGAAGUGUGGACAGGCAAUCAGGCUGACCCACAUCAAUACAGGCCGUAACUUGCAUAGUCAUUACUUCACGUCACCCCUCUCAGGCAACCAGGAGGUCAGUGCCUUUGGGGUGGACGGCGAGGGGGAUGUCCUGGACGACUGGAUUGUGCUAUGCAGUGGUCCCUACUGGGAUCAUGCCAGUGAGGUGCAGUUCCAGCACUCUUCCACCAAAGUGCUCCUCUCAGUGACUGGCGAGCAGUAUGGGCGGCCGAUCCACGGCCAGCGAGAGGUGCAUGGCAUGGCUUACGCCAGCCAGGACAGCUACUGGAAGGCGAUGGAAGGGAUCUUUGUGAGGCCCACGGAGCUGCUGAAGAUGGAGCUGCACCGCACAGAGCUCUGAGAGCAAAAAGGAGCUCUGUCGGCAUCUUCAGACUGUUGCUGAACCUCAGGGGCGACUUGGCAUUCAGUUUCCUCUGCAAGGUCCCACCAAAGCUCCAGGAUAAAGUCCUGCCAUGGGAGGAAGGUUUUAUGCCACUGCGCAACAGUAUUCUCCUCGCCCUCCCUCCCUGCACGCCUUCUGUCCCGGAUGUUUAAGCGCACAUAUGCCUAGGAGCCAGCCAUAAACAAACCCCUUGGGUAAAAGCGCACGUUGGCAGUUCUGUGGGUUCGACUCCACUUCCUUCUACUCUGAGAGUGGGGACAGAGGUCCUACUGCCGAUAUUUUUUUAAAGGUCUUAAUGAGGGCCGUAGCCCUCUUGCUGUUAAAAGUUUACUCCUUUUCUAUUUCUUUCCCAGGUCCGAAGCUUGAAAGAAGCUGCCUGAGCUGAAUUCUCUGGCGCUUACAUGUUCCGUGACGUGGACCAACUUAGCAGGGAUUUUCUAGUCAUUUUGCUUAAUCUGAAAAUGAAACUUGCUUAUUGAUUGUGCCCUGUGACCUGGAAGUUCUUUCCUGUGUAUCGGAACUACUUGGGGUUUAUUGAAAGGUGAUGCUACUGAGGCAGAAACUCUCGGUUAUGGGGCCUGGUGCUCGUACAGCCUCUCCUUGAAUAUGAGCUCUCACGAUACUAGAACCAGGGGGCAUACAUUGAAAAUGCUGGGGGGAAGAAUUCUGACUAAUAAAGGGAACAUUUCUUCACGCAACGCGUGAUUGGUGUUUGGAAUAUGCUGUCACAGGAGGUGGUGAUGGCCUCUCACCUGGAUAGAAGACUUUUGCCUCAGCCUAGCCCCACCUUUGAAUCAGGCCUGAUAGGUAUUGAAAAGGUUGCACAAGUGUUACUAUGGAAGCCCUUCCACCAGGUGUGAGUGUGCUGUGUUGUUGGGGUCUGCCGAACAAGGGUUUGUUCAUCCAAGCUUUCUGUUGAUUAAAAAAACAAAGUGA